AUGCCUCAUCUCGCCGCUCAAGUCCCCGCCGCCAAGGCCCCUCUCGAGGUCCGAGAAAUCGACACUCCCGAGCCUGGACCCAAUGAACUCCUCGUCAAGAACCAGAUCAUCGCCAUCCAGCCAAUCGACGCCAAGAUCGCCAAGGUCGCCAUGCUUCCCCUUCCAUACCCAGCUGUCCUCGGCAGUUCCUUCGCCGGCACUGUCGAGAAGGUUGGUUCAGACGUCAAAGACUUCAAGGUCGGUGACAAGGUUGUUGGCAUGAAGACCGCUGGAGCUAGUGAUAGCAAGUACAGUGCUUUCCAAGAGUACUCUAUCUCAUCGGAUGUCACCACCACAAAGGUUGAUGAUGACGAAACCAUGGAUCUUGCUGUCCGCCUUGUUGGUAACCUUCCUACCAUCCCUGCCAUCUUCAACUAUACCCUCAAGCUGGAGCGACCUGUCCCUGGUCAGGAGCCCAAGUCUCAGGGAAAGCGCAUCUUGAUCUACGGCGGAACCUCCAGUAUCGGAAGCAUGACUGUCCAAUAUCUCACCCAAGCCGGAUACGAAGUCAUCACUACUACCUCGCCCAAGCACAAGGAGUUUGUGUCCAAGCUCGGUGCUUCAAAGAUUAUUGACCAUUCUCAAGAAUCUGAGGCCCUCACUAAGGACUUCAUCGCCGCUGGCCCCUACGAUAUCGUUCUUGACACAAUCUCAACCGGAGCUACAGUCAAGCUUCUCGCAGACGUUGUCGCGGCUCAAGGCGGCGACUCAGUCUAUGCCCUCCAGCCACCCUUUGGUCCCGAGACUCUCCCCACUGGUGUCACACGCAAGUUCGAGGGCUGGUCUCUGCUACUCGGUAAGGAGGAGAAUGCAGAGCUGCUGAAGUGGAUCUUUGGCACAUAUUUCCCCAAGGCGCUUGCUACCAAGAGUCUUAUUUCUGUGCCUGCUCGAAAGGUUCCUGGUGGACUUGGUGGAAUCAAUGAUGCUUUGGGUCUUUUGUUUCCUAAGGGUGUCAGCAGUGAGAAGGUUGUGGUUGACCUUCGGGAUUAA